GAAGAGGAACGUCAAAGACAAGAGGAGGAAGCGGCAUUGGAGAGGGCCCGCGCAGAGGCAGCAGCGGAGAUGCACAGACAACAGGAGCGAGAGCGAUUGGAGGAAGAAAGGAUUCGUCAGGAGGAAGAGGAGGCCCUAGCGAAUGCUCGUGCAGAACAAGAGGAGUGCACGCGCUUGGAGGAGCAGCGACAGAGACAGGAGGCAGCCGAGGAGAUGCGCAGACAAGAGGAGAGGGCACGAUUGGAGGAAGAAAGGCGACGACGAGAGGAAGAGGAGGCCCUUGAGAAGGCACGCGCUGAGGAAGAGGAGCGCUCACGCUUGGAGGAGGAGGAGCGGCAGAGACAGGAG